ACUGGCAACAACUUCAUUCCCCUCGACUCGCCACCAUCGUCUUCCCUCCCCUCCUGCUCCCUCCCAUCAAUUGUUGCUAGUUGUAGGCUUAUAGCUAGGUGGAGCAUUUCACUCCAGCUACAGUAGUGUCUUCUUUAUCUAUCCUAUAGUAAUCGCUGUGUGUGUGAGAUUCACCCAUCGACCAUGAGCAUCUCCGUGAACGGGCAGUCGGUGGUGCCGCCGGGGUUCCGGUUCCACCCCACGGAGGAGGAGCUGCUCACCUACUACCUCGCCAAGAAGGUGGCCUCGCAGCGCAUCGACCUCGACGUCAUCCCCGACGUCGACCUCAACAAGCUCGAGCCAUGGGACAUCCAAGAGCGCUGCCGGAUCGGAACGGGCCCGCAGAACGACUGGUACCUGUUCAGCCACAGGGACAAGAAGUACCCCACGGGGACGCGUACCAACCGCGCCACAGCCGCCGGGUUCUGGAAGGCCACCGGCCGGGACAAGGCCAUCUACUCUGCCGCUGGCUCCGGCCGCAUCGGCAUGCGCAAGACGCUCGUCUUCUACAAGGGCCGCGCCCCGCACGGCCACAAGUCCGACUGGAUCAUGCAUGAGUACCGCCUCGACGACGCCGUCCCCGUCAACCCCACGGCCGGCGACGCCACCUACUACUCCAGUGACUCAUUCCCGAUACGCCGCGUGGCCGGCGACCAGUCGUCGACGCAGGAGGACGGAUGGGUCAUCUGUCGGGUGUUCAAGAAGAAGAACAUCGUCGUGCAGCGCCAAGCUGGGCAGAACCGCGGCGUUGGCGGCGCAGCGUCCAACCAGCUAGUCGGCGCCGGUGCCAUGGAGCGCAGCCAGAGCAACUGCUCGUCGACGGUGACCGCCAGCGACAACGCCAAGGCGCAGAUGCAGCAGCAGCACCUGCCGCACAGCGACGACGCGCUCGACCACAUCCUCAGCUACAUGGGCCGCUCAUCCACGGCAUCCUGCGAGCAGGAGACCAAGCCCACCAACCCGUCAUCGUCAGCGCUGGACCACCUGAUCAACACCGCGUGCCACAACGGCAGCAGCACACUGUACGAGAAGUUCAUGAAGCUCCCGCCGCUCGAGCACGUCGUCCCCGGCGACCUCCUCCCGUCGCCGGCCGAGUACGGCGGUGACUGGGACGCUCUCGACCGCCUGGCGGCGUACGAGCUCAACGGCCUCCCUAACCCUGCGUUGCCCGAGACGACGAACGGCAUGCCCUACAUCGCCGACGAGCUCGGUGGCGCCACCUCCUACUCUGGCGGUGGCACGCUACACAUUCCCUCCGUCACCGGGGCCGGCGACGGCGACCUGUGGAGCCUGGCGCGGCCAGUGUCAUCGCUACACGCAGACUUGACGAUGACCUGGUUUAAGGCUGUCGGAUGCUGACACAGUCCUAGCCCAAACUUUGCCUUUUUUUGUUUAUAAGGAAAUUUCCAUAUAUCAAGCUAAUACAAUCGCACCGAUUGAAUGCGCUACUCCUGAACUAAAACCACAACAAGAAUCAUGAAAUGGAGGGAGUACAUAGCAAGAUGCACAGAGUCAAUACGUCUAAACAAAAAGUGUCAUACAGUUCCUCCAAAAAAAGAAGGUGUCAUACAGAAAAAGUAAAAGUAGAUAAAUAACGAGUAAAUUACAAAAAAUCACCACAAUUGUGCGGAAGUCAUCGAACACCCAUCAAAAUGCAUGUUUUGUGGUUUUUUCCUAAAGCAUUGAUGACUUUGAACCAAUUGUGCUGGUUUUUUGCAGUUUACUCAUAAAUAACCUAAGAUAGAGGAGGCCCUAUCCAAAGGCAAUAUUACAUGUCAUACCGAAAAGUAGAAGUAGAUAAAUAACCUAAGAUAAUGGAGGCCCUAUAUAUCCAAAGACUACAUAAACACCGAUGAUUGGAGAACACCUCCCCCUAGCGCCUCUUCGCCCUGACCCCUUUAUAUACCCCCCUCCUCAACCCAACCAUGAAUAUGCGGGAACUUUCGCACCGCUGCAUCAUCAACUUUGUUGCACCAAUGACCAUGUGCGGGUAGCGUGCCUUGGACUAUGGGUCCAAGGCAAUAGCUUUGUGGCAUCUCUCGCCCGUUCUUCGAUACAAAU